AUGGGUUCGACGGGAAAUUUAGUAUUAUUAUUAUCGUUGGGUUUAGUGUUAGUUCAAUUAACGAGUGUUUCAUGCGGAGUUACGACGCCGAGGAAAACGGAAGAACCGGAAAAUGAAGUCGAAAAAGGUUUUAAAAUGUUAUACAACGCAUAUGAGAAAUGCGGAGAAACCCCGGAUAUGUUUUCAUGUAUGAAAGUCAAAGCCGUUCGUUUCGCCGACAGAGCUCUCAAAAUCAACAACAUACCCAUUUUCGAAGGGAUAACUGUCGUGAGAAACGAUGAAUCCACAAGUAGAUCCAUGCCUCUCGCUGAAUUCAACGAAAACGAACUUCCCAACGAAUCGGAAAAACGUCACGAAGCACUUGAUGACAUGAUCGUGGAUAGAGUGACGAGAUUUUUAAGGACUCAUUCGAUACAAUUUGAUUUUCAAAAAUUUAUCGGUGGCUCCGAUAAAACCGAGCAAGAACAAGGUGGGUAUAAAGCGACGUUAAUUCAUCAUCAUCAUUAUAAUUUAAAAGGUAGAAGUAAAUUAAAGAAAAUGAUGGGACCGCUUUUGCUCGCCGCCAUGAUGAAAGGAAGCAUGAUGGCAUAUGCAUUGAAAGCCGUUGGUCUUUUAGCAGCCAAAGCCCUUUUGGUCAGUAAAAUCGCAUUGGUACUCGCAUCGAUAAUCGGAUUGAAAAAAUUGUUCAGUCACGGACACACGGAAUCGAAAACUAUCGAAAUAGUACAGAAACCUCAGAUUUCACAUUCGCACACGUAUUCAUCCGGCGGUGGCGGUGGCGGAUGGGAAUCUAGCGGACACAGCGGAGGCGGUGGUUACGGAAGAAGUUUAGACGUAUCCGCACCUCCUGAAGUUUAUGAAAAAUCUAAAGGAAGUUACGAUGAUGAAAUACCCGUUGGAAAGGGUGUCGAUAACGUUGUGAGACGAUCUUUCGAUACUUCGGAACCUUUCUUACCAGCUCAAGAAUUAGCCUAUCGAGGGAGAAUACCGCAAGAACAGCAACAGCAGCAGCAACAACAGCAGCAACAGCAACAGUGGUGA